AUGGAGGAGGGGGGUUUCUGGCGGCCGUCCUGCUCGACGCUGUCGCUGGCCGAGCACCAUGGCAGCGCGACGCACCUAUGCGCCCGGCACGCGCCGCGCAUGCCGCAUCGCCACCUCGCGCAUCCACAUGCGGGCCACCCGCAUCAUGUGCACUCCCAUCACGCCCAUGGACACCAUAUGCAGCAUGCGCAACCAGUCUCCUGUCCCGUGCACAGCCCGUUCAGACAGCCUACACCCGAAUACUGUGCAGCGCAUGCUCAGAUUGAUCCUGGCAUGAGUCCCAAAACUUCCACUAUGUCCCACAGAUCGGUUAAGAUAUUUUAA